GUUCAAAAAUGUCAAUUGAAAAACUCACCCCCUCAACCAUGUCCCCCGAAACGCCCAAACAUCGCUCGAAAGCGGACAAGAAAUCAAAAUCCUCCACCCACGGCGAGAAGAAGCGGAAAAGAGACCACCACCACGACGAAGACGACCCCAAGACAACCAAAAAAUCAAAGAAACAAAGAAGAGACAAACAUGUUUCCUCCGCCCACUCCACAGUCACACAAGCACCAAAGACAGAUCCCUCAUUAUCGCCGUUUCAUUUACAAACCUCAUCCCUCUACCUCCCCCUCGCGCCCGUCGCCCAAAAAUACCCCCUCGAAGGCCUCUGCGCCGAACACCUCUCCCCGCUCCUCUUAACAUACUACCCGCCCUUCCGCGGCGUAAUACUCUCUUACACGAACCCACGACUCUCCGAGACCGCGUUUGGAUCCUCAGCCCCAAACCCCAACUCAGAAGAAGAAGGAAAUGGAUUAUUACUCCAUAACAUUGACGAGUACGCCGUUUCCUGGACCUGGCUAACGGCCGAUUUCCUGCUCUUCAAGCCCGAGCGUGGGGUUGAGUUGGAGGGGUAUGUGAAUCUGCAGAACGAGGGCCACUUAGGGGUUGUGUGUUGGAAUUUGUUUAACGCGAGCGUGGCGCGGGAGAGGAUGCCGGCGGAUUGGGUGUGGAAGGAUGUUUCUGAGAUGCAGAAUAAGGAGGGCGGGGGGAAUGAGGGGUAUGCGGAGGAUGGGCAGGGGUGCUGGGUUGAUGGGAAUGGGGAGAAGGUUGAGGGCGUGGUGAGGUUUAGGGUUAAGGAGAUUGAGAGUAGUCAUGAUAGGGAGAGGGGAUUUUUGAGUAUUGAGGGGACGAUGUUGGGGGUUGAGGAGGAGAGGGAGUUGGUUGAGAGGGAGAGGGUUGGGGAGGGUGGUGGGAGGGAUAAGGCGGGACGGAGAUUGGGUGGAGAGAAGGCUUUGGGGGCUACGAUAUUAGGAGUUGUGAGUGAGGAGAGUGCUGAGAAGGAGAAUAAAGGUGAUGGAAAGAGACCUAGGCAGAGAUAUUGA